GAUUUACGCAGCACGCGGCACACCGGCGACCAUCCUUCACCGUUUUUCAGCUUUUCAGCGUUGAAUGCACGCUUCGGAAGCCGUUCAACAACAACUAAAGGACGACUGGGAUAAUCGCGAGUUUGAGCAGAUUAUUGCCGAUAACAUCAAGAACAUCGCUAACUUCUUGUCCAGCUUUGAGCUCUCUUGCCGCACAAAACUAGCGACUCUCAGCGACAAGCUUAACCUUUUGGAACGAAAGGUCGAAUUUCUUGAAGCCCGUGUCACCAAAGGAGAUACUCUUUCGUAAUAAUGUCUGCAACUGCCGGAAGAGUCGUCCGUGCCGGACAACACGCCGUUCGCACCGUCGCUCCAAUCAAAUCCAACAAUUCCGCCGAGGCACGCAUGUCGGUUCUCGCCGCUUAUAAGGAGUUCCAACGUCUCACUCCAAAGUUCUGGUGGGAUUUCGGACUUCAUGAUAUGCCGCUCGGCGUGUUCCGUGCUGUCAUCAAGAAGCAAUUCACAAAGAACGGACAUCUCACCGAUGUUCGUGUCGUUGACAGACUUGUCGGAGAAACUCAUCAGCACAUGAAAUCGAUCCGUUACGCAUUCUACAACCCGGAUCACGUGCGCAACUACCUGUUCGCUGAAAAUGUCGAAGCCAAGCCAAAGGACUUCCUCUCCAAAUUCCUCAACGGAAAGGAAUAGAUUUUUUAUUUUUCAGUGUUUUAUGUGUAAUUGUAAAGUAAAUUCUCGUAUUUUAAAUCGAAUCGGCUGAUACUAG